UGUAGUUCUCUGCCUUGUUGUUUCCAAGGAAGUUCUAAGCGACUGCCACAAAGGAUAACCAUGCUGCCCUCUCCAAGGCGGUCAUCUUGGCAACAAACUGAUCAUCACGAAUGAGGGUUCGAAUCUGUGGGCCAUCAAACACACCUGCUUUGAUCUUCUCGAACGACAACCCUGAAAUGCUGGCAGAGAUCGAAAACAGACUCUUCAUUGAAGGGUCAGAUAAGAAAGGGAAGAAUCCUGUUUAUUGUCUGAACAGUUUGGACUCUAACUACUUUAGGGGUGCAGGAGAGAUCAUGGCAGCCAGCCUGGCACAAGGCGGCCCUUGUCCUAGCUUCAUGCGCGAGUGGUGCAUCAGAUAUCUCUGCUCCGGAGACUCUGACAGCAUACAAGUGUCUGCCAGUGAUGUAACAGAUUUUGAACUGUCACAGCUUAUUGAGAGGAUAAACAGCGCCAGUAAUGACAACAUCAGUGACCUGGUUGACGAUGUUGUGACCUGCGGAUACACUGGAAUCGUGUCUCUGGAAAACAAAGACAGCAUGAUAAGAACUGUUAUACUUCACUCCACCAUGAGAGUCAUCCCAAUGCUCAACCAGCUCAGAAAAGGCCUGCAGCUGUAUGAUCUAUCAAAAAUCAUGAAGACUCAUCAAGACCUCUGCCUACCACUGUUUGUUCCAGGGGAAGAUAAUGAGGCGGAUGCAGGCUUCCUUCUAGAGAGGUGCCGCCCUGUCUUCAGUGAGAUUGGUUCUACCAAGCACCAAAAAGAAGUAAAAAUCAUUAACUUUCUCCAGGACUACCUUCAGGAGAUUGAGGAUUCUGAACAAGAGGGCCCCAACAACAACGUUACUCCAGAAGGCUUGACUGUAGGACGCAUCAUGCAGUGGAUGACUGGACAACGACAUAAGCCUGUUCUGCCAAGCGAAAAGAAGGACUUUGUCAUAAAUAUGAAAUUCAACCAUGACUGUGAUACGCAACACACUGUUUGUUUUCCAACUGUAAGUGCCUGCAGUCGUACUGUCACAUUCCCUUCAGCUCACCUGAAAACAUAUACUGAAUUCAAAAACAUUUUGACACUAGCCAUAUGCCAUGGAGCUAUGCCAUAUGGAAUCUUUUUAAUAUUUUGUAUGAAACAGCAUUUGUUAGCGUCAUAGAAUAACUGCCUGAGU